GGUGCCAAACUUUUGAUCUGCAGCUGCCCUAUUUUUUUGGUUAUUUCUGUUGGGGUCAGAGGCAAAUUAAACACUCAAAAGGGAAUGACCAGCUCCAAUCAUCAUUAUCAUCAUCGUCCCUUUAUCUUUCUUUUUCUGUAUAUGCGUGUGUGUAGUUGUACUGAAAAUUCCUACACAUUCUGAAUUUCUUUCUAAAUUUGCAGAAAUAAAUCCUUAGAAAAUGGUUAAGUCCCAUGUUGUUGUUUCUCUUGUUGUCUGCGUUUUGUUUGUGUGUGAAUUAUCAGUAGUAGUGGAAGGUGGAAGAAGAGGGGGAGAUGGAUCAGAAGCCUGGGGUUAUGUUGAAGUCAGGCCCAAAGCCCACAUGUUCUGGUGGUAUUACACAAGUCCAUACAGAACUCAAGAUCCAAGAAAGCCAUGGCCUGUCAUCCUUUGGCUGCAGGGUGGACCUGGUGCUUCUGGAGUUGGGAUUGGAAACUUUGAAGAAGUAGGGCCUUUGGAUACAUAUCUGAAACCAAGAAACUCAACAUGGUUGAGAAUAGCUGAUCUCCUGUUUGUGGACAAUCCAGUGGGGACUGGAUACAGUUUUGUGGAGGACACAAAGUUGUUGGUGAAAAGUGAUGAUGAGGCAGCAGCUGAUUUGACAACACUGUUGAUUCAAGUUUUCAACAGAAAUGAGAGGCUGCAGAGGAGCCCUCUUUACAUAGUGGCAGAGUCUUAUGGAGGGAAGUAUGCUGUUACACUUGGAUUGUCAGCUCUCAAUGCAAUACAAACUGGAAAAUUGAAGCUCAAGCUUGGAGGAAUUGCACUGGGGGACACUUGGAUAUCACCAGAAGAUUUUGUGUUUUCAUGGGGUCCUCUCCUCAAAGAUGUCUCCAGGCUGGACAAGAAUGGCCUCAUGAAAUCAAACAGUUUAGCAGAGCAAAUAAAGCGGCAACUUGAUGCCGGGAAAUUUGUAGAGGCAACUGAUUCAUGGAGUGAGCUGGAAGAUGUUAUCAGUUCCAGCAGCAAUUCGGUGGAUUUCUACAAUUUCCUGCUGGAUUCAGGGAUGGAUCCUGUGUCAUUGACAGCCUCUGAGCUUUCACAACAGAUUGCUGUCAAACGCUACUCGAGAUAUUUGAAUUCUUUGAGGUCUACUCCUGGUGGUGAUGGUGAUCUUGAUUCCCUAAUGAACGGUGAGAUCAAGAAGAAGCUCAAGAUUAUACCAAGCAGCGUUCAGUGGGGAGGGCAAUCAGAUCUUGUUUUCAAUGCCCUGCAAGCAGAUUUCAUGAGACCCAGGAUCCAAGAGGUUGAUGAACUGCUAGCAAAAGGGGUCAAUCUCACUAUAUAUAGUGGUCAACUCGACGUCAUUUGCUCGACCAAAGGAACUGAAGCUUGGGUGGAAAAGCUCAAGUGGGAUGGGCUGAGAAGUUUCUUGAGCAUGGAGAGAAGAGCAAUCUAUUGUGGGGAAGAAAAGAUCACAAAGGGCUUCACUAAAUCCUACAGGAAUUUACACUUCUACUGGAUUCUUGGAGCUGGUCACUUUGUACCUGUGGAUCAGCCGUGUGUAGCAUUGAGCAUGAUAGGUAGCACAACGCAUUCUCCUAUUGCUUCAAAUUAGAUCAUUCCAUUCAUCAUUUUUCACAUAAUUUGAGAGAGAAUUAAUAUUGGAGAAUUGAAAAGUUGGAGAGAAUGUAAAAUAGUAUUGAGGGAGAAAAAGAAUGAACGAAAUUGUUCAUUUUGAGACGAUUUGCAACUAUUCCCAUUUUAAUUUGUGAACAUUCUUAAUGUAAGCAUUUUAUUUUCACGCACAACUCAA